UACUGGUGACCGACUUACCGUGGCUGCUUUUCCUGUGAGACCGGGCGGAGCGGGGCGAGGCGAAGGGAGUAAGAGAAGUGACAGAGAGAAAGAUGUCGGGGAUGGGAGAUGGGUACGUGGGCACCGCCCAAGAUGCCGUGCGGAUUCGAAGGCUGGAGAAGCAGAGGGAGGCCGAGCGCCGAAAGCUCGAGGAGAAGAAGAAGAACGCUUCCGCCGGCGGCCAAUCCGGUCUUCUCCAAUUUGGCUCCGGAACCUCAGAGAUUCUUGACACGGCAUUUAAGAAGGAGACAAUUGGUUUAGUGACUAGAGAACAAUAUGUUGAGAAGAGGGUCAAUAUACGAAACAAAAUUGAGGAGGAAGAAAAGGAGAAGCUUCAAAAGUUGAAGGAAGAGGAGGAAGAGCUACAGAUGCAAAAAAGGAAAAAGAGGAGGGUAAAGGUUGAUUCACGCUUAUCCUUUGUUGAUGAAAUAGAGAAUGAGAGUGAUGAGGAAAACAUGGAAAAGAAACAAAACAAACAUGGCAAAGAUCCAACUGUGGAAACUAGCUUUCUGCCUGAUAGGGAGAGAGAAGCAGAGGAACAAGCAGAACGGGAAAUAUUACGGCGGCAGUGGCUACGUGAGCAAGAAUUGAUUAAAAAUGAACCUCUUCAAAUUACAUAUAGUUACUGGGAUGGAGCUGGUCACAGACGGGUUAUUCAAGUUAGAAAAGGUGACAGCAUCGGAGAAUUUCUGCGAGCUGUACAGCAGCAACUUGCUCCUGAAUUUCGAGAGAUUCGGACAACAUCAGUCGAGAACCUUCUUUAUGUUAAAGAAGAUUUAAUUAUCCCUCAUCAACACAGUUUUUAUGAGCUGAUUAUCAACAAAGCAAGGGGCAAAAGUGGACCGCUUUUCCACUUUGAUGUCCAUGAGGAUGUUCGAACCAUUGCUGAUGCGACUAUUGAGAAAGAUGAGUCUCAUGCUGGUAAGGUUGUUGAAAGACAUUGGUAUGAGAAGAAUAAACACAUUUUUCCUGCAUCUAGAUGGGAGAUAUAUGAUCCUACUAAAAAAUGGGAGAGGUAUACCAUCCAUGGAGACUAGCAAAAAAGUUGAGUUUUCAACUGUGUUGCUCAUACUAUUCCUAGACUGUGAGAACUUAAUUAGCAAUCUCUAAUAGGAAGGAAAAUCUUCUGAGUGCAAAGUUUGAUUUCACUAUGUAAUGUUUGCCGUUUUGUUCACAGGCCUAGGCCAUAUCUGAAAACUCUAGUAUUUAAACAUCGUACACCUGCAUAACAGUGAUGCUAUUUGAGUUAGAUUUUUUUAGAUUUAA